AUGAAGCAGACAGCUUUCAGCUUCCAGGGAAGAAUGGCUAGAGAUGGGGAGAGCAAAAAGGUGGUAAAGCCUAAACCAAAGUCGGGGAAGAAGGCCAGACCGACAGUGAUUCAUGCCGACGCAUCUAGCUUCCGCAACCUCGUCCAACAGCUAACUCGGUCCACUGCGGACGGUGUUUCCACCAAAGUUCAGCCCCAGACUCAAUCAAAACCCGUUUCUCAGCCAGGAGAAGCUCGUGCCCCCUCGCCGGCCACGCCUCUCGAGCGGGAAGUGACCACUGGAGCCCGCAUUCAGACCGUCGAACCAGAGACGGUCGUCAAGUCCCGAAUCCAAACCCUCGCGCCCCCUCCCCUCCGGCCCACAGUCAUCAAAACGCAGAUUAUCCAGCCCAAACCUAGUCACCCCGAUCUGCGCCCUGCGUCCGUGCGACCGACCAACCCCCUGAGCUUGUCGGUCUCGCGCCUAACCAGCUUUUUCCACCGGGGGGGGAUGCCCGGCCUCCCCUCCCCCUCUCUAGGCACACUUUUCUCCCCCCUGGCAGGACUAUUCUCGUCCCGGCAUGCUGUUGCAUCCCCUGGGUGGCUGAACUUUGACACACUGGGGGGGGGGCAGUCUGAUGAAGAGUCUCCGGGGGCGGUGGCGUUUAGGGAGGCGCUUACAGUGAUGCUGCCCCGGGGCGAAGCAAAAGACUCUCCCGAGGUGAGCAGCGCACCGGAAGAGUCGCCCGGGAGGGUCCAGGAGGGGGCUGCAGACGGUGCACCGAUGCAGAUCGAAGCUCUGUAGCAAGGGGCACUUGUGUUGGGGGCGUUGUGGAAAGGCAAGGGGGGGUUUACAAUGGGGCGUUGUGAAAAGGCAAGGGGGGUUAAUGGGGGCGUUGUGGAAAGGCAAGGGGGGCUUUAGAAAGUAGC